CAGAAACAUGCAGAUGAGGAUGGUAAGGGUGGGCGAACAAACGGAUUUAGAUAAAUCCCAAUAACUGCUACACGAUCGUUCAAAGAAAGCGAGAAAUAAUGGAAUGCUACCACUUGCAGGGCGCAAAACGACGGGGACAAUUCCAGGAUGAACAGUCGUGGACGUUUGAGGCGGCGAUCAAGCUCAUACCGGUCAACUUGACGAUAAAUGCGCUCAUUUUGCUGGGACAUCACGAUGGAAGAUUAAUACAGGUGAAGUGUCACGAAGACCAAACAAACUCCUCUCAUAUGUAUGAAGCUUGCAUGAAGGUGUAAGCUCUACUCAGACAUAUCUGAUGUGUUUGCAGUGG